AUGUCUUUCGUUGAUACUGCUGGAUGUAUCGCAUUAGGCGCUUGCAUGGUCUGCCACGACCUCAUGACCACAAAACAACUCGCAAUCCACGACGUUCUACCUUACUCAGUUGGUUUCUUAGAGAACAGACAAAAUAUCAAAAUGUUGAUCGAGAGAAAUUCGCCGUUACCACAAGAGAGAUCGUUCGAAUUUGUCGUUAAGAACCCUACACCACGUGCCUGCAUCCAGUUCUUCCAGGGAGACAACGAUGACGUGAGAAAUAAUUAUCCAAUUGGCAGAUUCAUGCUUGACGACAUUCCAGAGAUCCCAGACUCCAAGUUCACCAUGAAUAUCACUGUUGGCGAUGACGGAAUCCUGUCAGUGUCCGCGUAUUUCGUCAAGAACGGAAAGAAGGACGUAAUGGCGCUCAGAUACAUGACGAGACUCGAGGGAGCAGAGAUGGAGAGGACAAUUAAGCGCCACAACUUAAUCAUGGCACAGAGAAUGAUCAAGGAGCUCAAGCGGAGAAUAGAGAGACACAGGAAACUCGCAAACAUGUACGAGGAGAUUGUUAAAUUGGGCCCCAACGAUUUGGAGCUCCUCCGCGUCAUGGUUGCUAAUACUAAGAAUGAAUAA